AUGACACAACCUCCCAAGAGGAAGAGCGUGGCAGAUUUAUUUAAACAAGCGAUAGAAGGGAAUGACCUUGCACAGCUUAAAUUUGCUCUGAAGUAUUACCGGUCGAAAGUCAAUGAACAGGAUGACGACGGGGUAACAGUGCUCCAUAAAAGCUGUUUUUCUGGACAGUUAGAAGUUGUAAGGCUAUUAGUGGAGAACGGGGCCGAGUUAGAAAUGCGAGAUGACCGCGGCUGGACGUGCCUACAUUACGCUGCGUUCGGAGGGCACCUGGAUGUUGUCAACUUUCUCGUCAACUCUUGUAUUGACGUCACUUCUUUGUCUCUUGAUGGCAAGCUUGCAAUAGAUGUUGCUACAGGAGAAGGCAUCGUUUUUCUUUUGGCGUCAGCUAUUCUAAGAGCUGGUAAAGAACAUUUGCUCUUUCGUUACAUGAAUAGCUCGACCUCUAGUCUGAACAGCUGGCCGUCUGUUAGUGACGAUAGUCAGGAAUGGCGGCAUCCAAUCCAAGGGGCAAUGACGGAGGAAGUUUUACGCGCAAGUCAGCAGUUUUUGGCGCAAAGCUUCAGCGCAUACUUAGAUGAGAAGUUAAACUUAACAGCAAGCUUUGCGAAGGGCACAGACAACGAACAAUCACUUGAAUUCCCCGUCAAACCAAAGGCCACAAGAAAAACAUCGCUGCCACUAAACAGUGACCUACAAGAGAAUGCACCCUCAAAGAGGGUUCGUAAAAUAAGCUUUAAUUCGUCAUUUUCUCGAGAUGUCUUACAGCGCUUUGCAGUAAGUGAAACAAAUUUGGCGGACGAGAAGAACAAUGUUUAUCACGGAAAACUGAAUGGAACUGAAAUCAACAGAGCUCCGAAUUUUUCUGAUCUCAACAAUGCAAACUCGGAAACUUGGAUAUAUUCUAAGUGA